AUGAACAGUUUCACGUUGAAUCUAAUAUUAAGGAUGUUCUACAUGUGUAAGAUUGAUACAAGGAGUCUUUUUUCUAUCAGAUAUGUAUCUGCUGGAUUAAAUAAUCCAAUUAAUAAUUUUACUGAAGAAAAAGAUUCUAUGGUUAAUUUCCAAGAAAGUUUUAUUAAAGAAAUCAAAUGUGCAGUCCAAGAAUAUGAAGAUUCUAUUGUACAACAAAUUGAAAGAAUUAUUAGGAAAUUAGAAAAAGAGUCUAUGUCGACACUGGAGGAAAAUAAACUUAUUAAUAUUGUGAAGAGUGUUGGGUCAUUAGAUGAGAAAAUAUUUAAGUUAGUUAUGUUUACAAGUCCUGUCUACAAUCAUAUUCUUGUUGAGUUUCUCAAUGAAAAUGACAUUAUGAAAAUAGUUAUAUACUCAAUAUUAUUGGGUAAGUCGGUUACGAGAUUAAUAAGUGUUCUUACUGGGAAAUUGUCCUAUUAUGAUUAUUGUAAUGAAAAAUUCUGUUUUAUACAAUCAAUAAUUAAGUUUAUUAUAAGUCAAGUAUCAGAAGAGACCAAUAGAAAGUUUAAAAUAUUUAAAAAUAAAAACAGUCAAAUCAAAAAGUUUAAAUACAAAGAUACUUUAAUCAUUAGUACUUUUAUUAAAGUAAAGAAAGUUAAAAAUCAUAAUCUUAAAGGAUAUCUUUAUGAAUUAAGAAAAGCGUUUUAUGAAAUUAAUAAACUAAUAAAUUCCUAUGAUGAUAGUAAAAUAGAAUAUUAA